CUUGAUAACCCUUGGUUUUUUUCAUCCCGCCUUUCCGCAUGUGGUCUGCCUAGGGGUACGCGGUUUUCCACUUCCAGCACACGGCCCACCUCGGACGCCCCCUUGCGUUAGACUUCAACGUCGAUAGCGCAGUAGGCUUUUUCUUUCUCAAGAAGGAGCUGUGGAUGAGGACCAGCAGCAGCAACGACGUCCAAUCCAAGACCAGAAUUGCGAAGUAGGUCUGGCACACUCUGGAACCUCGUUUCUCUCCCGCCGUUUGCUGGGAUCCAAACCCUGCCUUGAGCGAGGCCUGAGACCCGUUCAAAGGCUCAACUCGAAGUGCUUGUUCUCUCUGCUUCUUUUCUUUCGCAAAACCCACCACUAUUCAUUGGUCGGCUGUCAGCCCACUCGAGGAUCAUGGCUUCGGCCGACGGCGACGAGAAGCCAUCAAUGGCUCCCGCACCAUCCACCGUCGACCCCAUCGUCGACCACGUCGCCGACACCAACGUCGACACGGGCGAUGCAACCCCAAAGGACGGUGAGGGCAACAUGGCAGAACCCGCAAAUGGCAUAGUCAAUUCCACAGAAAGCAACCAGGAAACCACCAGCCCUUUGCCUGCCGCCGUGCCUGUCGCCGUGCCCGUCGCCAACAUGGCCUCGGGCACAGCACCCGCUCCGUUGUCGCCAGCUCCUGCUGCGCCUGGCGAUGCACCUGGCAGUGCACCUCCCUCGCCCCCGCGCAUUGUCUCGGAUAUUGCUCCGCCAUCCGCCGCCGUCCCCAUCCCUCCACGCCCUGCAGCAUUCCCUGCCGUGGAUCCGGCUCCCGCCGUGGCAGCCCCGACCCGCACGGCGUCCCCCACCGUCAACGGCCUUGGCGCCCGGGCCGGCCGGACCUCGAUGAGCAACACUCCUCACCAGUCGCCGGCGCUGCCCUCGGCUCCCAUCCCGCUGCGAGCCUCUCCUGCGGCCACCCAGCCGGCCCUGGCCCCGGCCCCGGUCAACAACUUGAACCACAUCAACAACACCCACAACACCAGGACCACCAGGUACCAGAACAACCCGACCUGGCGUGCCGAGUCUCCUCGUGAUUACAGGCAGCAGCCCCUGGCCCCUGCCGCCACCCCUGCUCCACCUCCUCCUGCUGCUCCCGCCUCGUCCGCCCCUCCUCUUGCCGCUGCUCCCAGCGCCAUGAGCUUUCCUUCGCCUGGCCGUGAGCAUAUCCACGCCGACCAGAAGUUCCUCGACGACAAGACGAGAAUCAGCUUCGGCAUACACCAGGCCGUCCCCGAGGCCGUGAGACGCUCCGUGCGCGACAACUGGGAGAAGUGCCUGGUCGGCUCUGACUUCCACCAGGCCUUCGUUCUCAACGCCAGUAUCCACCAUGCCACCCCGGCCGCCGUUCAGCGCGGCAUACGUGACUUUGGAGGCGCCUUGAUCUCCGCUGGACGGGCCCAGAUCAUCGACACCAUGACCCGUGCCGAUAUCGACGCCGUGGCCUCGCAGAUCCUCUCCAAGGCCAGUGAAUCUUUCCUCGACGCCGCCCUCCAGCUUCGCCUCAAGUCCAUCGACGCCAAGCGCCUCAUCAAUGCCCUCGCUAGAGCCGAGCGCCUUGGCUAUGAACCUAGCGAUGUUGUGGACGAGGACGACGAUCACGCCAUGUCCCUGUCCCCGGUCGACUAUGACGAACAGUCGAUGCCCGUCCCAACUCCUCAACCCCAGGGCGCGAACCUGCCGCCUAUCCAGCCGAGGCCAGCCCCCCUGCCCGAUGCACCCUCGGACGACCUCAUGUACUGCGAUAUGUGCUUCCGCAAGUUCGUCUACCGCUCGGCGUAUGAGCACCACAUCACCAAGAAGGUUUGCACGCGCCUACCUGCUGCUCCCGGCGGUUAUAAGUUCUCCUGCCAGCACUGUGGCCAAGGCUUCACCACCAUAAUGGGUGUCCAGUACCAUAACGCCAACAACAUCUGCGGCAAGUUCAAGGAUCCAUGGAGGCCCAUGCCGCCGCCGCCCCCUGUCAUGCCCCCUGCUACGCCCACCGCCACCAAGUACAAGCCAGAGGCCCCCGCAUCCACCCCGGCGGCGGCACCCAAGCUUGUGCCUACCCCCAAGUCUGCGCCCGCGUCGACGCAGGCUGUCGCCCAAUCCUCUCCGUCAGGCGGCCCACGCCUCGGAACCCCGGGCCUACACGCACCAAACGGCGCCGUCACCGACCCCUACGCACACCUGUCGCCCGAGCAGCUGGCGGCCAUGCAGGAGGAGCUCAGGCAGGCCGAGCUGAGCUACGGUGAGCGCUUCCGGCAGGCCAGGGAGAUCCAGGAUGACACGGACCGCAAGACCCGGCUCGACGGCCUCUCCAACUCUUUCGGCACGAAGCAGUCCCUGAUCCGCAAGAAGUACGGCGUCAGGCUCCGCAUGAGGAGGACAAAGGCCGAGAUCCAGGCCGAGAGGGAUCGCAUGCAGUACAAGACGGCCGCCGAGCUCGCAGCAGACAACGGUUUCCCCAUCGGAACCCCAGGGCGCCCGGGUCGUCCCCCCGCCUCGACCCCUUCUCGCCCGCCCGCCAUUGUCGCACGUCGUUCGAAUGGCGGCACCGGUUCCGCCUGGGCGAGCGUCAACCGCCCUGGUGCCCCUGCCGGUGUCCCUGCCUCGCAGCCACCAAUGGGCACUGCAGAGCCUCCGUUGGUCGCGGGCGGCAACAAGCGACGCUUCUCUGGGUCCGCCCCGUCCGAGACCAAGCGGGUGGCAUACUCCGAGAUGGGCGGACUAUCCGGCGCCACCGCGGCCCAUGUGGAGAUGACGGACCCCACCAUGCCGCGCGCCACCGCCUCAGCCGCGAGUGCUAAGGGCCUCGGAACGGCUGAUGAGCCCAUGGCCCUGGAUGACAGCGAUUCGGACUCGGACGAGGAAUCUGACCGCUCUGCCGGCGAGGACAUCCCCGCCCAGCUGCCGCCGAGCGUCCGCCAGAGCCUGCAGCAGACCAGCAGCCCGUCGGUGACCCCAGGCCCGCAGCCUGGAUAGAGGCCUCGCUCGGGACUGCGGCCAAGGGCUGCAAACUAGUACUUGGCGGGCCGCUUUGGCGAGAGACACUUUGUCUUGCAGAGGCCGGUAACUCCUCGAGUUCGCUUUUGGAAUGGGAGGUGGAUUAUGGAUACGACAUGAGAGCCGACGAGGCCGAAAGGAUUGUUCUGACGAGGCGCAAAGGUCGCCGGCUCAGAACCUAGGAACGCAGGCGAGACAUUUCUCUUUUUUUGUCUGGUGUAUAAAAUCCUUGCACGUGGGAAAUCGGAGGUGAAAAGUUUCUGCAUAUACCCCUCAGCCUGAACUUUGAUCAUUGCUCAUUUUUGGCAGCGAGGUAUUUGCAUUUAAAAGGAAGCACGUGGGUUCCAUGAUGCGAACAUCGCCGGCGUCUGGCAUGAAAAUUAGAGGGGGCCUGGGUCUUAUGCUGCGGGUUGACUGCUGUGGUCAGACAGCAAACGUCUGGACUCUUGUGGUCCUGGGCUCUUUGAGAGUGGGCGGGCACCUUUGAUGGUGUUAUGCUGGUGGAGCAAUCACACCCGGGCACAUUGAGCGCUGCAUUGGAACAUUGAUGAACGUGGCCGGUACUUUGAGGAAUGGCCGGCCGCCUUGCUAAUUCAGGGAGAUACCACAAUUAUCGUUGCGUUUUGCAGAGCCG